CUGGUUGUUUUGCUCCUGUCGGAACGCCGGCAUGCGCUUGCGCUAAACUCCUCAGUGGUAAUCCUGCCGACUCACGUGGUAACGCAGCACGUGAAAGAAUGAGAGUUGUGUGAGUGAGUGGAUCAGAAACCACGUAUCGGCUCAUCUGAACGAAUGUGGGCCGCAUCGGCACCGCGCAAGAAGCUUUGCCCCACUGACACUGAUAUCGCUGAUGUCUGGACGCAGAGUGGUCUGGAGAUCUGUCUUAUGCCCAGCAGUUUUCAACUUGUGAAGAGUUGACUGGGAAGCGUGCAACCUCCUUUGGAGCAUUACAGGUGUCGCCAUGGCUGGGCGAGGCAGAGGACGAGGCCAGCUGACUUUCAAUGUUGACGCCCUUGGUCUCAAAAAAGGGGAGGCUUUGCCUCCGUCCAUGGUCAAGCCCUCUCCCCUGUUUCCUCCUAUGCAGUUUCAGCCAGUGCCUUUGCAGACGGGAGAGGCGGUGGAGUACAUGCUUGCCCUCAAGCAAGAGCUCCGAGCUUCCACAAAAAAACUGCCAUUCCACAUUCUACCUGCUAAACCCAAGAGGGAUGUGGAGAGAUACACUGACAAGUACCAGUCCUCAGAACCCAAGAACAAUACCAUUGAAUGGACCCCAGACUGGAGUCGGCUGCCUAAGGAACUUUGCAUCAAAGUUCGAGAGCCCCAGAUAGCCAGGGUACGCCCGCCGAAGAGGAAAAAGAAGUCGGAAAUGGGGAAACAGGACAUUAUCCAGACACUAGAGACACUAGAAAAGAAAGAGACCGAGGCCAAAUCGGAUGAGGAAGAGGAGGAAACUGAAGAGGGAAAGAAGAAAAAGAAGAGUGAGGAAGAGGGAGAGCCUGAAGAGGAGAAUGAUUAUGAGGAAGACUUUGAAGAGGACACCGAUUACAUCGAGUCCUACUUUGACAAUGGCGAAGAGUUUGGUGCGGACAGCGAUGAAAAUAUGGAUGAAGCCACGUACUGAGGCCCCACUAAACUAUUGCUCUGGUUUUUACCUGUUUACCGUUAAAGUGAACAACCAAUCGUUUACAAGGUGUUUCUGACCAAUCAGAUUCGAGUGGAGGGAUAUGGCAGGACACCGUAACACCUUUAUCUUGUAAGGUGAGCUGCUAAAAUCCACCAUACUUGACCCUGGCAGAGUAUACCCAGCUGCUAACAGAUAUAAGCCAGCUUCAGUGUUCAUCAGUACUUUUUGUUACCUUAGAGUGAUAACAGUAUAAGUCUUCUUGCUGCUUGGAACGCAACCAGAUUUUGCAAUUUACUACAUCAGUAAACCAUCAGCAACCAUAGCUUGAUAGUAUUUGAAGUUUUCUUCCAGUACCAAAAAACACUUUUGCCAACAUGCCAAAAUCCAAAGUCACAUACGGGUCACAAAAGCCCUCACGACUCAGACCUUAUUUCAUGUGCCUGUAUUUAAAAAGAAUGUUUUUACGAACCACUCAAUGUAGCUUUUUAUCCCGAGAGUGUGCAUUUCCCAUUGUCCUGAGGUCAUGGUGUUAAGUUAUCCACUUUGCCCUUAUAUGUUGGAGUACUGAAAACCAGAGAACAUAGUAAGGACGGUGGACUCACCUUUAAGCAUGAAUGCCUGAAUGAAAAACCUUGUCACUAUUGUAUGAGGAAGGUUGUGUGGUUUUAAAUUUAAUUUUAAUGUGUUCAAGCGUGUUUGUUUGAUGUGUUUGUAUCAAAACAUGUCCUUUAAUUGUUUUAAAACGAUAUUAUAUCAUUUCUUGUGGAGAUUUGUCAUGUACUGACAUCAUGUCAGCAGUAGAUGGCGAUCCCUGUCUUUCAGUGUAUAGAGGCACUAAAAGUGACUCACAUUUGACUCUCCACAGUGUUAAUAAAUCCAGAGGAACAGUGAAAGUCAUUGAAACCACCUAUGCUGUUGGAUAGUAAAAUGUAUCACUAUACCAUU